AUGGACACCACCCAAGGGUUGGCCACAAGGGACGAGUUGUGGCGCAUUCAAGUGACCCUUAACGAACUCUCAGCAACCCAGGUGAACCACUCGGACAGAAUCAUGCGGCUCGAACAGAAAAUCCCCGAUGGCUCUAGAACGAGAAGUCUAUGGGGUGCUGCUUCACCUUUCCACGGUGUAUUGAGUUCUUCACAGCAUGAAUCUGCUCAGAACCCGGCCGCUGAAGCCUUCCGUAACUUCGAUGCCGACCCUGGCACGAGUAUGAUGAGUUCUUUGACUUUGGAUGUCAGCGAGGAUCCCAGGAGAGUUGCUGCUUCCAGAGCAAACUCAGUGAGGUUUGAUGAAAGUGCGAACAAUCACUAUGGCUCUUCUCGGCAAUCCAUCGAGCUCCCGGCGCGCACUGGAAGUGGCCUUGGAGGCCAUGCCAUGUCCGAGAGAUCUCUUUCUCACCGAUCUGACGGCAGAGCUAGUGCGUCAGGGUUCGCCCGAACAAACAGUUUUGGCCUGGAGUCCAGUAGGCUACUUGGCUCCAUUCACAAUUCGCCUAGAGUGUCCGGCAACCCUUCGCCUGGAUUUUUCGUGCUUGGACCAUGUCCAUCCAUCAUUCGAUGCUGGCUUACCGAGACUUUUACCAACGAUUCUCUGCUGUACGCUGCUAUUUGUACUGGCUCAUCCUCGUCAUCUGUCAGCUCUUCGCUUGUACAAAAGCUUGAGUUGAGUGAUUCGGUCUUCGAAGACGGUGAUGGUCGGGCGAUUAGGCUUCCGGUCUUCUUAACAGAGGCCAAAAUACAUUCUCCAGCAAUGCGCCCAGCCAGUCCUGUGCCUCAAGUACCGACGUUGGUCGUGAAGUUCGUGGUUGAUGAGCACCCUGUGAUUGACUAUUCCAUCCAGAUCAUCUUGGGCAGUGAUGUCUUGAGAAGUCACAGUGCCGAUAUCUUGUUCUCUCAAGAUAAGUUGAUGAUUUUCGAUGAGGAGCGGAAUCAACUCUCUAUCCCCCUCGUUCGACCUGAAGACGACGCAGCAUACAGGGACUUGAGCACCGCGUCACGUAAGCGAUCAUCAUCUAUCGAAGCAGUCUUACCACCCCCAGUUUCGCCUCCGAGUCAAGGCCACCUUGGAGUCAUUGGUCGACCCGGGAGAUUUGUGCGACCAGAUACCGGCUCUCCCGCCGAUGGGGUGUCAGGUGGCGUGGAUGUCGCAACCAAUUCAGAAACAGGACGAUCAGAGCAGGUGAACGAGCCUUCAACGAGAUCCAGUCUCGAUUUGAAUACUUCAAGAGUUGCAGCCGAGGACUCCAAGUCUACCACUGGGAGUGAGAAAUCCUUCACUACACCGCUUUCCAAGUCAGGAUCUGGGGUGUGGUCCACUUCCUGGCGCUCAGCAUCUUCCAAUGCAACAGCUAAUGAAGCAGCUUCCAAAUCGUCGUCGACAUACGCCAAACCUAGCAGUUCUCGACCGAUGAAAGUGUUGCGACCAAGUAAGACAAUGGCGAAUGCGAAUAGAACGGCGUCCUCUACAACCAUCACUACGGUUGGUUCUGACAAUGCAACGGGAAAGACAGUUGAGAAUGGUAGGAAUGCGAGUCAACCUGACCUGGGAGAUGGCAAGGGUUCACAACCGACACCAGUCACAAAGGCCAAUCCGAUAGGAUCUGGCACGGCCUUUGGGUGGUUGAAUACUGGCCCAGGAAGACGAACCACGGCGAGUGGAUAA